AGUUACAAAGUGACGAGAACGCUUUUGCGAUUGUACAUAUGUGUAUUUUCACGUGUUAUCGGGUUUUUUCUUUAUUAAGCUACUUGAGUAUUUAUCGCGAGUUGAGUAUUUAUCUCAAGAUUAAUCGAUACGAGAAUUAACGUGAAAUCUAGGUACAAAAUUUUAUCAGUUUGCGGAAUCACGAAGAAAAAUGCAAUUAAACGAGAACCUUUGAAAUAUAACUCGUUUCGAUAAAAUAUGGCUCAGUGAUAUACGAUACAAGUAUUUAUCCACGUGACAUGGUGUUUUUCUUCUCGUUUUUCGGAAAAACACGUUUCUUGUGUGUGUGUGCGCGUCUGUGUAUGUGUGUGUGUAUAUAUAUUUAACAGUGUUUCGAAAGGAACGACGGAAGAGCAAAUAUACAUCUCAAUCGAAACAUAAGAUGUCUGGACAAGAGAAUCAUUCGUUUGAAGAGAAUGACCUAGACGUGAUAGAAACUGGUCACAGAAAAACUGAAUCUAUUACGAAUCACAAUGCUAGCCCUUAUAACAAGUCAAGAAAAUCAAAUGCGCUCUAUGCCUAUGUUUCCAAACAUCGAAAAGUGUUUAAGACGUUUGGCUUUAUAAUUUUAUAUCUGUUCAUUAUAGCUUAUGUCGUUUAUGCGGGUAUAUAUUGGAAAAAUAACAACAAUGAUUACAAUCUUCAGUGGUGUGAUGGUUACGGUUUGCUACUUUUACUUGUAGGAAUUAUUCAUAUCAGCUUAUUUUAUUUUUUAAUUAUAAAACGAUAUCUUUCAAAGUACAUUGCACAAUGUUGCUGGCCAGUAACGAAUUUCUUGAUGCGCUUCCGAAGUAUCAAAUACGGUACGCGUAUCGGAGCGAUAAUCUUUUACUUACUAGUACUACUAGCUGUUAUUAUUUUUCUUAUUAUCGAUACCGCAGAACAUAGAUACAGAUUGAUUAGUAUCCUUGGAGUUAUUGUCUUAUUAGGGGUUGGAUGGAUAUUCUCUAAACAUCCCGAACAAAUCAAGUGGAGAACUGUUUUUUGGGGCCUGAUUUUGCAGUUUUUGCUUGGACUUAUUAUGCUUCGAUGGCCUGUUGGUCGUAGUAUUUUUGAAUGCAUAUCCAAUAAAGUGGCCACUUUCUUAAAUUUUGCUAAAGCAGGUUCUAGAUUUGUAUUCUCAAAUGAACUAGUUGAUAAAAUAGCAGUCUUCGCGUUUACCGUGUUGCCUGUGCUCUUCUUCUUCAGUUUUUUCGUGCAAAUUUUAACUUAUCUUGGUGCAAUGCAAUGGAUUAUUUUAAAACUAGGAUGGGUUUUACAAAGCAUAAUGGGUACGACGCUCUGUGAGUCAUUAGUCGCCGCUGCUAAUCCCUUUAUCGGAAUGUCAGAAUCUCCUUUAAUGAUCAAACCGUACAUCAACCAAUUAACUUCCUCGGAGUUGCACGCUGUAAUAAGCUCAGGAUUUUCUACGGUUUCUGGCUCCGUAUUAGCUGCUUACAUAUCAUUUGGCGCAAAUCCGACUCACUUAAUCAUCUCAUCCGUGAUGUCCGCGCCAACUUCUUUAUACUAUUCCAAGCUUUUUUAUCCAGAGACCGAGCAAAGUCUCACGAAAUAUGAUAAUAUCAAGCUUGAAAAGUCGUCGGACACCAGCAUUAUAGAUGCUGCUACAAAUGGCGCGUUGGCCGCACUCCCAAUUAUUCUGGGUAUAAUCGCGAACAUCGUUGCUUUCGUGUCUUUUAUUGCAUUCGUAAAUGCGGUGUUUUCCUGGUGCGGCGGUCUCGUUGGGUAUGAAGCUUUAAGUCUCGAGAUUAUCUUGGCAAAAAUCUUUAUGCCACUGAGUUGGAUUAUGGGCGUUCCUUGGGAUGAAUGUGAAAAAGUAGGAAUGUUAAUAGGUUUGAAGGUAGUAAUCAAUGAACUAAUUGCUUAUCAACGAAUGGGAGAAUUGAAAGAUCUAUCUGCAAGAUCAAAAGCGAUCGCCACAUUUGCGGUUUGCGGUUUCGCAAAUCCAAGUUCAAUCGGUAUCCAGAUCGGUUUGUUUUCUUCUUUGGCGCCAGAGAAAAAGGAACAAGUAACACGUGUCAUUCUGCGAUCAUUUGUCGUCGGCAGCGCCACCUGUUUUCUUACAGCUAGCAUUGCUGGCAUACUAAUUGACGAAAUUCCUUCGCCUUCUAAUAAUAGCACUACUACAAUGUCAAACAUUACUACAUGGCAACACUAAGUACUUCUAAUGUGACUUUUUAAAACAUUGCACAUAUAUAUGAACAAAAAAAAUGAUAUUACAUUAAUAUUUAUUCUAAUAUCUAAAUUUAAUUAGAGAAACAUGAUGUCUGUUUUAAUAUGAUUAACUAUAACAACUUGUGAUUACACUAUUAUUAUAUCUUUAUAAGUUAUCUUCAAAGUUAAGAUAAUUAAGUCGAUAAUACUUAAAAAUCACAAAAAAAAAUGUAGACUGAUACAAGAAGCAUUCGAAAAACGCUCGAAAGAUUCAUUUUAUCUUUAUCUUAUGAUAAGUGACGUUUGAUAGAACUCUUAAACUUAUAACUUAUAUAGGAAAACAAUUUAAGGAGAAACUUUUAUCGUAUUUUUUAAUCGUAUUUUUUUAUGUUAUGUUACUUUGAAGAAAGAAUUUUGUGAAGAAAGAAAAGGUCAUUUUAUGUUUUUUAUAUAGAAUACUAUAUUUUUGUUUUGAUAUUAUUAAUAUACAGGAAAAAACGAGUUCAGAAUAUGUCUUUGUUAAAGAUAAAAAAUUCUUUUUUUGCAGUGACAUUUUAUUAAAAAAACACGAUAAAAGUGUCCUUAAAGUUUUGUCCCAUUACCUACCAUUCAAAAGUUAUAUCAAACGACAACACUCGUGAGACAUUUUGUAUAUCUAAUGAAAGAUAAAGAUGACGCUAUAUAAUGUUAAUAACGCGCUCUUCAAAUGCACUCAUAGUAACUAAUAUUUAUAUCUUGUAUUAUAUUUUACGAGUAAACUAUUUAUGUAUAUAAAACCUAACAUCUCUAAUUUGUCAUUAGAACGAUUUGUUUGUUUGUUGCAUUACAACAAUUCUUUCUCUUUACGUAGUCUUUAAUAAGUUACUUUAAAAAAAAUAACAAGUAUAUAAAGAACUACUGAUAUAACUAAUUGUAAUUAUGCAAGUAUAUUAUUAA